UCUUCAGCUUCCUUCGUUUCGUUCGAAUUAUAGAUACGCACAACUUGGAGAAUGUUCAUCAAUAUUCAGGAAUUCGUUACGCAACAUCCUAACAGUUUCGGCUUGCCAUCCAUAUUUGAAAGGAUGAAAAAUCGAUGCAUUGCAGAGGAUUCAAUUGAUGGAGGUGGUAACCUCUACGAUUUAGGUCUACAGGCCUUAUUCGUUAGGCUAACAGGGCGAUCGGCAAACCGAGAUUAAUCUCACCUCAGCAGCCACGGUUCUAAUUGGUUUGGGGGAUCACUUGAAACCCCAGAAAAUCUCGAUCUGUGCCACUGUAGCUUCUGUAGUACGACGGAACCUACCAAAGCUAACUGUAUUUCAUAGUCCCACAGGGCUCAUAGGGGAGCUGAAGCAUUAUGAUGCUGUCGCUUGGCCCAUCUAGGAAAUGAACAUCUUGAGCUACCUCUGUCAUGAUAUAGACUUAUGUAAAGAGGAGUAUCUCUGCAAAUCCUUUGCCGCUAUCAGUGUCUGCUCAGUUCUGUAUUUCCACUACUAUCCCCAUCAUUUGACAUAAUGUUUUGAUUCCUAUCUAAAUACAGCAGCCCUAACAUGGCAGCAUCCGGAUUAUAUUAUUCGAGGCCGGAUUACAGCAAUCUCGAAGUCGUCCAGAACUCGGAUACGUUAGUUCAAGGUCACGGUCUCGAGGUAUAUAGUCAUAACACAGACCCAGAGGCAGUAUGGGUUGAGAAUGACCCCAACGGUCUCCCUAUCGCGCGCCCAUCGUCCAAAGAGGGCAAAAUCCUAACUCCCGCCAGCGAACCACCCGAAGUACUACGAGAUUCGCAUCAAAAUAAUGGUGAUCCACCACCUGCUCCUCCGCCACCGCCUCCGACGAUAUGUGGAAUCCGUCGUAGAACAUUUUGGAUUGUAGUUGGUGUCGUUUCGUUCGUCGUCGUCGCCGCUGCAGUUGGAGGUGGAGUAGGGGGAUAUUACGCUACUCACAACAGUAAAGAUUCCAGUUCAGCAAGCACGUACCAAAACUUAAGUAUCGCCGCUCUUCAUUGGGUUGACGGAUCUAAUACGAGCCAAUAUCGCGUCUACUAUCAGUUGGACAAUCAGACGGACAUCUUUGAGUCCGCUUGGGAAUCCGACAAUCAUACAUGGUCGGUAUCGGCGAUCAGCGAUUUGAAUAGUAACGCUAAAAAGGGCACACCACUCGCAGCCGCGGCGGGAUAUCCUCAUACCAAUACCAGCAAUGCGUUAGUUAAAAAUGUGUAUUUUGCUCAACCUGGUGGAUCAAUGACCGAACGCGAAUCUCCAUACAAAGACCAAGUCGGAUUUUGGGGCGACGACAAUUUUAGCGGACUUUACACAAUAUCUAACUCUUCAUCACUCUUUUCAUAUUGGUACCAAAACUUCGACACGAAACUCCAAGUACUGGCCGUAUUCUUCCAAGAACUUGGGGCGAACUCCUUGACAGUGGCCAAGUACGUUCAAAACAACACAGAUGAUGAACCUUGGCAAAAGACUCAGCAAAGCAUCGCGAUCCAGGAUGGCUCAUCUAUUGCCGCCGCGCCAGUGGGGAGCAGACGGGACUUGCGUUUGUAUAUUGGCGGUACGGACGGGACGAUGAAGCAAUACCCAUACAACAUAGAAACGAACGCCCUUGGGAGUGCUACUAAUACCGCUUACGAUCUUGCGCCUCAUACGCCAAUAUGUGUCACCACCGAAGAUAAUCGAAACUACUUCACACCAGACACCCUCCCAGAGUGUGCGCAAACUAAUACGGGCGCUUUCAUAACUCACCUUAUUCUAUUUGCGUCUAUAGACCGAAAGAACCUCACGCUUGUUUCAUGGAAUUGUACGAGCGGUUUCGUGGAUGCACAAAGUCGCAUUGAAAAGCUAUUACGACCAAAUCGGACAUACCUAGGGCUUUCAACAACGUCAGCAGCUAAUCUUACGUUCGUCGACGACAGGGUAUAUGUGCUUUAUGAUGAGGGUAAUGGGGCAGAAAUUGAAGAAUGGCAAAUACCCACCAGCGGCGGUUCAGAUACUACCGGUCAAAACGGUCCUUGGACAAGUCUCGGCAGCGUCCCCGUCAAGCCUUCAUAAGUAAAAGAGGGACAACACACCACUAAGUAUGGGUGGUUAAAUGGCGUUGUUGGAGAAAGUGUUUAAUCUGACAUUUUAAAUUGGCAUAUCAAGAUACCUAAGGUUCUCUCGUAAAUUUUGGAAUAUUGGUAACAUUUAAUGGUAAACAAAGUGUGUUUUGUAUAGAAUAAGAGAAGAGGGUGUCUCCCAUGCUGCCAAUAGAUCAUAACUACUCAGUAAUAAUCAAUACAUCUGCGGUCUUAUUUACAUUGAUGAGACUAGCUAAUAUUAAUC